AUGCCCAUUAAAAGGGGUCAUAUUGCACCACACAACACCUACAUUGUAACCCUUAUUAGGAAUUUUGACUCCCAGUGUAAGUUUAAUCAACGUUUUCCCAAGUUGUUAGAUGAAAACUUUAUCGUGGCAAAUGCCACACUUCCUUCCAGACCAAUUAUAUACUGUAGUGAUGGGUUUUGUGAGCUUCUUCGAUAUACAAAGGGCCAGCUUAUGCUCAAGUCUUCAGCUUUAUCAAUUUUCUAUGGACCGGAGACUACUGUUGAUUCGAUGGAGACUUUGUUGGCAGCCCUUAAUCAGACUAACGAGACGGAAGUUCUUAUGAACCUUUAUUCCAGAGAUAAUUGCGUUAUGUGCUUCCGCAUUGUUGUAACUCCUGUCCGAGACGAGACUGGUGGGUUGCCACUCUACUUACUUUUUUUCAGAGAAGAGGUCAGUAACACACAAACCCUCUUGCAAAUGAACAAAGGACCAGGUCUGCGCACAAAGUGGCAGCUAAAAUCUUUUCGAGUAAACAAAAGCCCUAACCAUAUGCCGAAAAAUCCCAUUCGAACUAACAUACCAAAAUCUACCAAAUCUUCUGUCUUGGACGUGAGAAAGAAUUUCAGAGAUAAGAAGUGUGAUACAUCUGAUUCGAAGCUGGGCACGGUAGGUGAAGGUACUACUAUAACGGAGUCAUUGGCUCAUCCACAAAGCUUAUCUUCAAGCGACCAGAUCCAUUUUAUUGAAGACUAUCCAAAUGAGUCUGUAUCUGGUCAAUCUAAAGAAUGUCGUCCAACUUCCUUAUUUUUACCCAAAAAUCAAGAUGAUUCACUUAAAAGAGAAUCUCUAUCAAAAAUCGAUGUUUCCGAAAGCCAGCACGGGACUCCUAAAUGCUCUGACAAAUCUAAGCGUAGACCAUCUACAUGGUAUAGAGGUUACACUGAAGAUGAGAGUUCAGAAAUAAUUCAUGGUUCUUCCAGAAAAAGCCGGCACUUACAUCCAACCACUGAAGAGUCUGAGGCCCUGCAAUUGGUGCUGAGUAGUCAUGCAGAGCCACCAAAAUCAUCCGUUACUGAGAAAUUUGCUCAAUUUCUAUCUAUGGAUGAAGAUUUACAUGUUGAGCAUCGUUUUCAAUCUCCACGUAUGCAUAAAUUUACAUUGAAACAUUAUAGUGUUUUUAAAGCUGUUUGGGAUUGGAUUAUAUUAGCACUUAUUAUCUAUACAGCUAUUUUUACUCCAUAUGUUACUGUUUUUCUCAUGAAUACAGGAAAUAAAUAUGCAAAAUUAAUUUCUCCAAGAAACAUAACAACGACAACACCACUGACAGCGAUCACUUUUGAUAUAAAUCGUACACAGAAUGAAUCUUCAGCAAGUAAUCAUUCUGAAUCAUCAGAUAUUCUUCAUACUGUCCACCCAUCAAUCACUACCUCUUCAUCGUCACCAACAUUAUUAUCCACAGUGGACAUCUUAGUUGAUGUCAUGUUCAUCAUUGAUAUUUUAAUUAAUUUUCGUACAACCUAUGUGAAUAAAAAUGAUGAAGUUGUCUCACAUCCAAAACGUAUAGCUGCUCAUUAUAUUAAAGGCUGGUUUAUUAUUGAUCUGGUAGCGGCGAUCCCAUUCGAUUUGUUAUUUUUUCGUACAGCUGGAGAUCAAGGAACAUUUUUCAAUGUUUCAAACUUAUUAGUUUAUCCAUCUAUCGAUAUACAAAAAUCUUUAAUGUAUGCAAGUAUAUUUGGUAAUGUUGGUGCAUUAAUUCAACGUCUUUAUAGCGGCACAGCCAGAUAUCAUGCACAAAUGUUACGUAUUAAAGAAUUUAUACGUUUUCAUCAAAUUCCAAGUCCAUUACGUCAAAGGUUAGAAGAAUAUUCUACACAAGUAUGGGAGCAUACAAAUGGAAUAGAUAUGACAAUGGUUCAGUAUAGUUUUCCGGAAUCAUUACAAUCUGAUAUUUGCCUUUAUGUAUAUCGUCAUUUUUUAAGUGGAUCAGCUGCAUUUAAAUCAUUAAAUGAUGGUUGUCUUCGAAAUAUCUCUUUAAGAAUUCGUUCUUCUCAUAUGCCACCAAGUGAUACUUUAGUACAUACUGGUGAUUUACUCACAGCUAUGUAUUAUGUUGUUAAAGGCAGUUUAGAAGUUGUAACAACAGAUGACAUUAUUUUAGGUGUAUUAAAUCCUGGUGAUUUUUUCGGUGGUCUACCUCCAUUGGCUAGUGUACAAAAAAAUCCUUAUACUGUACAAAUGAAUUCUGGAUGGGAUUAUUGGUCAGAGAAUCAUUUGAAUCCCAUGAAUACAAAUGCAAAAUAUAUGCAAAUGGAUGAUUAUUCAUCUAUGCCUAAUACUACUGGUACUACUACUAAUUAUAAUAAUACUAAUAAUCAUAAUCAUAAUUCAAACAGUGUAAUUUAUCAACCAAAUCCACCUCCAAAAUCACGUUUUGCUGUUCGUGCGUUAACUUAUGCUGAUGUACAAUUUAUUGAUCGGCAUGAUUUAGCUGAAUUAUGUUCUAUUUAUCCAGAAUUAUCAUUACGAUUAUUAGAACGUUUUGAAUUGACAUUACCACUAACUAUUUCAUCUGAUACAAAACCUACCAAUAUUACUAAUACGGAUCGUUGUUCUACCAUACCUAAUGUUGAAUCUUUUUUGGAUGCAACAUCAUCAUGGCAUAUUGUUUGUUCACUUUUAACUGGUUCAUUAACAUCACCUGGAUUAUCGAAACGUCCAAGUGAUUAUUCAAAAUUUUGUAUGUUAAAUGAAACGUCAUAUAAAAAUAGAUGUUUUGAUAAUCCAUUUAUUGGGAAACCAUCAUGGGAAUUAGAACGUUAUCAACGUUUAUUUGAUCACGGUGCAUUGUCAUUUCAUUUAACUAGUUAUUCAAAUGCUCAAAUUCCUGUAUGUUUUAUUGAUACAUUAUAUAAUAAUAAUGAUAAUACUAAUAAUAAUACUUCAGGUGUUACUGCACCGUCCACACAUCAACAUAAUCCAGUUACACGUAAAUCAGAAUCAUUUACUAUGUGUUCAACGCAUUCAUCUGAACAAAAUCAUUCAUUGCCUAUUACACCUGUGACAAAUACUCAAACAUUACAUGAACGUCGAAUGCGUAUGCGAUUAGCGCGUAAUCUUCCAAACAGACAACAUCAACAAGUACCACCUCCAACAAUACCAUCAGUCCUAAUGCCUCCUACUUCUUCUUCUUGUUCUUCUGUCUCAAACCUUCCAGUAAAAUCACCCGAUAAAAAUCGUAUGAUUCAUUCAUCUGUGAUAUAUCAACCGACAACUUUACGUGAUUUGAAAAAUCUAAACGAAGAGAAAGAAAUUAUUGAUUUGCUUGUGAAGCGUUUUGCUAGUGUAGAAAAGUUUUUUAAAUCCUCGUGGGAAUCUCUUAAAUACCGAUCAGAUAUUUGGUAGAACUAUCACUUCUCGACAAUCAAUCCAAAAUAAGGCCACCACAACAAACUUGUUUGAUAACUGUGAAACAAGUAAGAAGUUCCUUUCUCAAUGAAACAAAUUGAAAAUCUUGACGUUCGUAUUUCUCAAUCGGUUACUACUAUUUUACAACAAUUAGAAAUGAAAAUAACAAAGCAUCGAUCAAUUCCAAUGUGAUAGAUCCAAUGAAUAGUUUGAUUAUUUUAUUUUCCAUUGUUUUAAACAUGUUUGCUCAAGUAUUUAGUUCUUCUUCGUUUAGUAUUAUUAUCAGUAUUACUAUUAGUAAUAAUAAUAAUAAUGGUCAUUGUUAUUAUUUCUAGUAUUCAUUUUGAAGCAUGGUAGAGUGUUUCCAUCCUCUAUAUAUCUAAUAACCUAUACAAAGAAAAAAACCUCCUUUCUGAACUUUUAAUUAUGUAAAUGUAAUGGUCUUCUUGUAAUAUAAAUUAAUUUCUAAGUAGAUAGAGAAUCAAGGUGGUUUCUAGAAUUUUAUGAGUUUUGAUUUUAAUUGUCAUUAUUGAUUUAUUCAUGGAGUUUUUUUGUUUUGUUUAUCAUACUACUAAUAACAAAGUAUACCAGUAGGGUAUGUGCAUUUCCAUCGAAUUUACAUAUUUAACACAUUCGUAUAAAAAAGAAAACAUUUAAUGAUCAAAUAACCAUGGUAACAAUAUUAUACCUUGAGUAGUUGUUAAAUCAUUUUUUUCAGAUGUAUUUCCCUUUUUUUGUGUGUAGAUUACUUUUGCCAAUGAAUCCUUAGUGGUGGUGGUGGUAGUGUGUUCUCUUUUUUUUCUUGCAGACCAAUAAGAGUGAAAUAACCAAUGAUUGUUUACUUUUCUUGUUUUUCAUUGUUUCUAUUAUAUUCAUCUUUUCAAUCCAUCAAUUUGAUCUAAUCAAAACGAUGUAUCCAAUAUUGAAUAGAAAAAAAUUGACGAGAUUUAUGUAUAAACAUUGAACAUAGAAACUAUUAGUGCAAUAGAAACAGAACAUAUUUUCUUUCAAUAGUAGAAAAAAAUUUCUUUAAUAUAUUUAUCUUUCAUAGACAAUUAAUCAUUUAUUCCCCCCCUCCCUCUUUUGUUUUAACGAUAUACUUAGUGAAUAGUUUGUAAAACAUUAUCGAUUUUUUGUUGUUGUUCAUUUAUUCAAUUAUUGUAUGUUUUUUUGUACAUUUUAUUUAAACAAAUCACGAACCAAAAAAGGCAUUUAUUAUCUACCAUGUAAUGUGAGGUACUCAUCUAUCAGCCACUGGUAACUCUAUCUAAUAUACAGAGAUUAUUUUCUCUUCUAUUUCGUUGUGAUUUAUUUCCACCCCCCCACCCUCCAGAAAAUAGUUUUCUUUUAUGUGUGCAAUAAUAAUUCCUUUUUCUUUUGUGUUAAGGGAGUUGUUCAUUCAUUGUUACAUUGUAGAAAAUUGUAUAGUUGACAUAUUAGAUUAUUCAUAUAAUAACAAUAAUAAUCUUCUUAGAUAAAACAUUAAUUCAUACAGAAGCAUGUAUACAAUCGGAUUCUUCAAUCAUACAUAUUCAACAAAUGAUGAUAACAAUAAUAAAGGACCAAUCCGUUUUUGUUUUCUAGUGCUAAUGUGGUGUGGCAACUCGAAUUGAUGUACGUACGUACGAAGUUCUACGUUGUUACUGACUGACUGUUUUCUAGUCGACCUUCUUUUAAACUAUCUUGAUUUGAAAGAACUAUAUUCAACAGUGUUAUAUCCUUUUAUGUU